ACAGCAGCCGUUUCCAUGUUCUUAAGCCUUUAAAAUAUGUAUAUGAGUUCGCCGUAGGAAGCUUCUCUCCUAUUCCCGAUGCCCAAGAUAGCCGCCACCACUGCCUGGAACUCUACUCCGCCUGAUCCGCCAGAUUUGAGCUGCAUCAAUAUUCAAGACCAAGAUACGGAGGAGCCAAUUCAAAGAGGAAGCACUUGGGUGAUUCACACUCUCUUGUUUGAUCUGUUUUGGGAUGCGUUUUAUGCAAUGGUGAUGUGCCGUGUUGUAGUCAACUGGAGUUGGAGGAAUCAAGAUUGUGAAUACGCCUUGGUGAAUAUAUGUAUCUUUAGAAGUUUCUAAAGUAGAAAAAAAUUGUGAUAUGUAUUGUUGUUCUUCAUUAAAUACAAAUCUUUUUG